AUGGCGCAACCAGCGUCAAAACCAACAUUUUCUGUCGAAGAUACGUCCAAAAAAUUGAAAGUUGAAUUAGCACGAUUAUUGAAUGAAAAAGAUGGCGAUACAAAUUUGGCUCAAGUACUUAUGGAUCGACUUAUAGACAAUGUGCGUCGGUUAACCAUGGAACAAGCUGGAGAUAUUCUUCGCUUUGUAUUCUAUCCAUUUGGAACGGGCAUACUCAAUCUCAGUUCACAGGUAUAAAAGAGUUGAUCAAAGUGUUGAUCUGAAGUUUUGAAGUACAACCGAAACUUUUGUGUUAAAUGAGAUCUGAAAAAUCGUCUCAUUUAUUUGUUCUAUGUACAUAAAGAAAAACAAGUAAAAGGAAAUAAUUUCAGAAAAGCAAAGCGAUCGUUAAGCGAUGAAAUCGACCCCAUGUCGAAAUCAAGUUUCUUAUUCUCCAUAUAGUCAAUGGAAAUCUUACGAGUUCAUUAUUGUUCGAAUUAGACAGUUACUCCUAAUUCUGGCUGCAUACGACUGUCUUAGAAUAUGCUAUUGUCCAUGUUCUAUCAUGUGGCACUAUACAGUAUUCAUAUGAAAUAUUCUUCUGAAGCUGUCAGCAUCUUUUUAUUUUAACUUCUACAUCAAAUGAAAGUUCAUUCUUUCUCCUAUCCAAUGAUAUGAAUGAGUAUGCCAAAAUAUCGUUCCUUCAUUGGUUCCUUGCAAUUCCACUGCACAUUCAUAUAUACAAUUAGAAGAGUACUCAUAGCAAAACUCGAUUCUAUGUUAAUGCGAGAACACAGGUCUGAUUUUAAACAGAUACGAUUCGACAGCUCUUUUAGAGCUCUGCACAAUGAUACUAUUACGGUGAACUUAAUUUAUGGGCAAGACAAGUAACUCAAAUUCACAAUGUUCCAGAGUACUAAAAUUUGCAUUUUUUGGCUCAUUUUUCACCCAUUGUUCCUUGAAUUGUUCGAUUCUCAAGUCGAAAAACAUUUAUGUGAACUCAACAUUAAAAACUGAGUCGAUCUAUAUGUAUUAGAAAUUGUUACACCCACUUUUAUUUUUUUUGGAAAACUACCGCCCCUUGUUUCCCCUUAGGAAUAUACCAAAAAAUAAAUAAAUAUAGCAAAAGUAUGACUUUAAGUAUAAAAACAGAGUCGAACAUUGUUUAACUACUACAGAAACUUAAAAUGACAGGGGGAUAAAUCCUGAGAACGAGAUUUUCAAUGAGUUCAUUUUUCUUAAUAUCUCUGAGUUGGACUUGGACGGCAUUUUUCGGAAAAAAAUACAAAUCAAUAAAACAAUUUUUGAUCCACAUAGAUUGACUUAGUUUUUAAUUUUAAGUUCAAAGGUAUUAUGUUUUAAAUUGAAAGCCAAACAAUUCAAAUAAUAAUAGAUAAAAAAAGUGUCAGAAAACGCAAUUUUUAGCACAUAGGAACAUUAGACAUUUGAAUCCAUCGUCUUACACGCAAAUAAAGUUCAAUGUAAUAUUAUCCUUUUAUAGAACUUUAAAAGAGCUAUCACAUCUUGUUCGAGUGGAAACUGACCUACAUUUUCACAGAACCGCAAAAUACGAUUUUAUCAUGCGUACUCAUCUAAUAGUACGUAAGACUGCAAUCCGAUCUCAAAAAACAAGCGAAGGAUGGAUACUUUAUCAUGCUCAUUUAUGCCAUUUGAUAAACGAAUAGAAUGAGCCUUUCUUUGAUAUGUUAGUCAAAUAAAAAACAACGUUGACAGUUUACGAAAAACAUUUCAUAUAGAAUUCUACAUAGUGCUAUAUUACAGGGAAUAGACAAUAACGAAUUUUAAGUCAACCAUAUACAGCCAGAACUACGGUUAAGCGCAUAGUCUAAACAGUGAUAGACUCUUAUCAUGUCAGCUGACUAUUAAGAAAAUAAGAAGCUACAUGUCGACCGGAGCUCCAUUUCAUUCCUUAACAAGUGGCCCGCUUAAUCACUAGUGUCAAACUUGGUACUUUAAUUCAAUUGAGUUUUCAAACUUCAAGAGAUUCCAUGAGACAUGUCAGAAAGCGCAGCUUAGUCCAUUAUUCCUGGAUGGGCCUUUGUCGAACCCUCACCUGCUUCGAUGAAGUGUCCUGAAAGGCGUAGCUAACUUCUUCCUUCAGAAAGCUCCUCCACGAUAUCCACACCUACAGCGAUGAGUUGUGAAAGAGUCGGUGUGUAUCUUCUUGGUUUGAGAACUUGUGGAUUUGUAACUUGAAAGUUGAAAGUUGAAGCGUGAAACGUGAACAUUGAAUUCAACUUCCAAGUUUGACAUAGAUGUCCGUUAUGAAACUGACUAAAAUUGAUCUUAUUUUUCAAGGAAUAGAUAUUUUUCAAUUUAGUAUCAGUUCCUAAUGGUUUGUGGUCAAGAAUAUUUAAUACAAAUCACUUCUUACAAUAUUUUUUUAAUGUUUUUAGCAAUAGAAAAUUAAUCUAGAAGAAAUUAUCGGAAAAUGAGAUACAACAUAUGAUGAAAAAUCUAUUAAUUUCAUUUGUUUUCUCAAUGUUUACUAUCAUUUAUUUCGUCUAAAGUGAUCGAAAAGGUUUCACAUUGUGUUGUUGAUCAGGUGAAUCUAGUAUUUAAUGAAAAUUUUAAAGAAAGAAGUAAUCUUGUAAUAUCAUUAUCGAUUUCUAUGUACAUCGAUUUUAGCUACCUUUCAAAGGACAAUCUUACAAAUGUAUGCAUCAGUUUAGAAAAUAUGCAAUAGUCUAAAAUCUUCUCAACGUUUAGUCUAUGUUUAUUUUUUCAGGUAACCCUGUAAUCAACAAGGAGAUUGAGAUUUCUAAAAACGAAUUCGUAUCAAAAUUUGACGCAGGACAAAAACUAUGGUUUAUGUCUAAUUUUGCCAUUCAUCGGAAUGAAAUAAGGUGUUGCGAUGGGACAAGAGAUAUUUUCUUGUAUUUACUUCUAAUCAGAAGUAUCAAUAAUAUCAUUUUUCAUUCAUGAAUUUUGAUGUUUUUGCGUGAAACGUCAAAAAUAUCUGAAUGAAAUGGUAAGCCUACUAUGCGACUCAGCGAAUAAGAAACAAUAAUUCAUUUGGAUUGAUGUUCCCUCGACUGAAGGGAGGGUCAUACGAAAAAAACUAAAAUGCGUUUGUGGCUCUGUCUGUGCCAGGGUCAAAGGUCAAAAAAACAUGAGAUCCCAAAAUCUUACUUUCACCCUGAGAAAUCACCUAAUCACAGGUAUUCGGACUCGCUCGUUCGACCAAUCAGAUUUUUUCAAGCUAAAAAACAGCCAAUCAGUGGUUUUCGACCUAGAGCUUUCGACCAAUCAGAUUCUUUCAAGCUAAAAAACCAGCCAAUCAG